CGGCGCCGACGCCGUGGGCGGGGCCUAACGGGAGGGGGCGGGCUAAGUGAGGGGCAGGGUUAGGACUUAGUCGCGAUGAUGCUGGGGGCGGGGCCCGCCGGGAAAGAGCGGGCCAGGGCGGGCGGCGGUCACCGGGGCUGACGGGCAGCGGACCGGACAACCAGACAGACAGACGGCGGCAGGGGCACGGGCCGGCUGGGUACACGCUGUGCCGCCGCCAUGACAGAGCAGACCUAUUGUGACCGCCUGGUCCAGGACACGCCUUUCCUCACAGGCCUCGGGCGCCUGAGUGAGCAGCAGGUGGACAGGAUUAUCCUCCAGCUGAACCGCUACUACCCCCAGAUCCUCAGCAACAAGGAUGCAGAGAAGUUCCGGAAUCCCAAGGUAUCUCUGCGAGUGCGUCUCUGCGACCUCUUGGGCCACCUGCAGCGGAGUGGUGAGCGGGACUGCCAGGAGUUCUACCGGGCCCUGUACAUCCAUGCCCAGCCCCUGCACAGCGGCUUGCCCAGCCGGCACACCCUGCAGAACUCAGAUUGCACAGAGCUAGACUCGGGCACCGCAAGCCGUGAGCUCAGUGACAGGGGACCCAUGGCCUUCCUGACCUGCCUCGGCCUGGCCGCAGGGCUGGCACUCCUCGUCUACUGCUGCCCUUCAGACCCCAAGGUGCUGCCAGGGACCCGGCGUGUCCUGGGCUUCUCCCCCGUCAUCAUCGACAGGCAUGUCAGCCGCUUCCUCCUGGCCUUCCUCACAGAUGACCUGGGUGGGCUCUGACCAACCCCAGCCCUGCCCGCCUGUCUGCUUGCUGCCCGGGGGCUUGCUUUUUUCCUAAGUGUUUUUUCUCACUAUUUAUAAUUUCUGUAACAAGCACUUUACCUUCAUUGUACAGAGGUGCUCAUCAAUAUUAAAUGUUUGGGUCUCAUCCUUC